UUAGCUCCGGCUAUUUUUUCCACCAUUGAACACGGCCGUUCCUGGUGUUCCUCUCCUCUUCUCUCUUCUCUGUUCUCUGUUCUCUUUUCUCUGUUCUCUGCUAUCUUCUAUAUCUUCUUAACGAUAUCAUUAACACGCUCGUGGUGGAGUUUGAUGGACGCGUGCCUCUGAAUAUUAUUUCACUUCGACUUUGUGAACAGGUUGGCGAAUAGCUUUCGUGUUUGGUAUUUGCAGUCUGCGAUUGAGGCUUCGUUCUAGGUUUCAGUCGGCAUAAAUAAGGUUGAGGGUCUAUGUGCAUGUUUGGUGGCUGCAGGGGUGAGUGUGCCAGUAGGUUGAGGGGUGAGUGUCUGUGUGCUUGGUAGGGGUAGACGGUGGAGUUGAAACUUCUAAAGAAGUUUGAGUUUUGUGUCUGCAAUGGACAUGGAUGGGCAUCAAGAUGAGAGGGAGGACAUGGACUCACAGAUGCGGGAGCACAGGGAGGGGGAUUUGGAAACAGAAAAAUCGAGUAAGCAUCGGAGGAAAAGCAAGGACCAUCGAAGUAAAGACCGGUCGAAGAAAACCAGUGAUGAUGUUUCAAAAGACAAAGAGAAAGGAGUUAAAGAUUUUGAGAAAGAUAGAGUGUUGAGUGGGGAUAAGAGGAAGGAAGAUAGAGAUGAGCACGAUAGAGAUCGAAGCAAAGAUGCUAAGUCAAGGGAAAGAGACUAUGAGAGGGAUAAGCAUCGGGAAAAGGAGCGUGAGCGGGAAAGGGAAAAGGAGCGUGAGCGGGAUAGGGAAAAGGAUCGAAAGGACAAAGGGAAAGAAAAGGAUCGAGGAAAGGACAGAGAUGUUGAGGAGACUGAUAGGGGGCGAGAUAAGGAGCGAGGUAAGGAAAAGAGUCGGGAGAGGGACAAAGAUAAGGAAAGAGAAAGAGAGAAGGCGAAGGAAAAGGAUCGAGAAAAAAAUAGGGAAAGAGAAAAGCAAAGGGAUUAUGAAAAGGAUAGAGAUAAGGAAAGGGCUAAAGAGAAAACAAGAGAAAAGGAUAAGGAAGCAGAUAAAGUGAAAGAGAGAUUGAGAGAUAGAGAUCGAACAAGCAAGAAAGCUCAUGAAGAUGUCCAUGAGAGUGGUAAGGAUGAAGCGGAAAAUGACAAUGAAGAUAAUGGGAAUAGGGUUGAAGAUGAACAAGUUGCUAAGCGUACAUCUGGUGGAGUACAAGUGCCAACGUUGGAGCUUGAGGAGCGCAUUUUGAAGAUGAGACACGAAAGACCCACGAACAAGUCUCAGGGUGUUUCUGAGGUUUUAGCAUGGGUGAACAGGAGUCGUAAGCUUGAGGAUAAAAGAUAUGCUGAAAAAGAGAGGGCCUUGCAGCUCUCAAAGAUUUUUGAAGAGCAGGAAAAUAUUGUCCAAGAGGAAAGUGAAAAUGAUGAGGCUGGCCAGAAUGGUACUUACAAUCUGGCUGGGGUUAAAGUUCUACAUGGUAUCGACAAAGUAAUGGAAGGUGGAGCAGUUGUUUUGACUCUCAAAGAUCAGAAUAUCCUUGCUGAUGGUGAUAUUAACAAUGAGGUUGAUAUGCUUGAAAAUGUGGAAAUUGGAGAGCAGAAGCGACGAGAUGAUGCAUAUAAAGCUGCAAAGAAAAAAACAGGGUUGUAUGAUGAUAAGUUCAAUGAUGAUCCUGGUUCAGAGAAAAAGAUACUUCCACAAUAUGAUGAUCCAGCUGCAGAUGAGGGCAUGACUCUGGAUGAAAGAGGACGUAUUACAGAUGAAGCAGAGAAGAAGCUAGAAGAGCUUCGUAGAAAAUUACAGCGUCCUUUAACUAAUCGUUUCGAAGAUCUUGAACCCUCUAGUAAGAUCUCCUCAGAUUAUUACACUCAUGAGGAAAUGCUUCAAUUUAAAAAGCCCAAGAAAAAGAAAUCGUUGCGGAAGAAAGAAAAAUUGGAUAUAGAUGCACUUGAAGCAGAAGCAGUUGCCGCAGGAUUGGGGGCUGGGGAUCUCGGUUCUCGUAAUGAUGGGAGGAGACAAGCUGUUAGGGAGGAGCAAGAGCGAUAUGAGGCUGCAUUGCGGAAUAAUGCAUACCAGUCAGCAUAUACUAAAGCAGAUGAGGCAUCUAAAUCACUGCGACUGGAGCAAACUCUUCCUGUUAAAGUGGAGGAAGAUGAAAAUAAUGUGUUUGCUGCUGAUGAUGAUGAUCUUCAUAAAUCUUUGGAAAGAGUUAGGAAAUUGGCCCUUAAAAAGCAAGAAGAGCCUUCAUCUGGUCCUCAAGCAGUUGCACUUCUUGCAACCUCCACCACCAGCAAUCAAACUACAGAUGAUCAGAACCCUACAAAUAGGGAGUCACAAGAGAAUAUGGUAGUCUUUACAGAGAUGGAAGAGUUUGUCUGGGGCCUCCAGCUUGAUGAAGAAGCCCACAAGCCUGAGGGUGAAGAUGUCUUCAUGGAUGAAGAUGAAGCACCAAGAGCUUCUAAUCAAGAAAUAAAAGAUGAAGUUGGUGGGUGGAUGGAAGUUAAAGACAGUGUUCAAGAUGAAAACCCUGCUGAAGAUGAUAAGGAGGAGGUAGUUCCAGAUGAAACCAUUCAUGAGGUUCCAAUUGGCAAAGGAUUAUCAGGUGCAUUGAAACUGUUCAAGGAGCGAGGAACACUCAAAGAAAGUAUUGAGUGGGGUGGGAGAAACAUGGACAAGAAAAAAAGCAAACUUGUGGGAAUCGUAGAUGAUGAUGGAAACAAUGACAGAUUCAAGGAUAUUCGCAUAGAGAGGACUGAUGAAUUUGGGCGAAUUAUGACUCCCAAGGAAGCCUUUCGAAUGAUUUCUCACAAGUUCCAUGGUAAGGGGCCUGGCAAAAUGAAGCAAGAAAAGCGUAUGAAACAAUAUCAAGAAGAGUUGAAGUUGAAACAAAUGAAAAACUCAGAUACACCGUCACUUUCUGUAGAGAGGAUGAGAGAAGCUCAAGCUCGAUUAAAGACGCCCUAUCUUGUCCUCAGUGGUCAUGUGAAACCAGGUCAAACCAGUGAUCCAACUAGUGGUUUUGCUACCGUUGAGAAGGAUGUUCCAGGGAGCUUGACACCAAUGCUUGGUGAUAAAAAGGUAGAACAUUUCUUGGGGAUAAAGCGCAGGGCUGAGACUGGGAACGGAAGCACACAAAAGAAGCCAAAAAUCUGAAAGUUUGUAUUGCCAGUAUACAAGCAAAUUAUGAAUUCUAUGCAUGGAAAGCAGAAUAUUGAUAAUUUGGUACAUUAGUUUACUAUUACUCUAUCUAAUCUGCUUGAUCAUAUAAUAUAUAUAUUUCAUGUAGAUCAAGAAUCUAAGCUUUCUGCUCUGCAACUCUGCAUGAGAAUCUAAGCUUUUCAACUCUGCAACUCACAUAAUUUGCAUUACUCCUGAGGUGGGUAGAGGAUAUACAAUGAUGAAUGGAGAUUUUUCUAUGAAUGAUGAAUAGAGAUUUUUCCA